AUGAACGAAAUUAGUGGACCAAAUUCCAAAGGAUCGGAUUAUACGGAGGAACCAGUCAUAUCGCACAUGUGGGUGCAAUUGCUAAUACACAUCAACGUCUACUUUUACGGAAUUUGGCUAAUUCUCACGAUAAUAUUUCUCAAUGAUGAGUUCAGCAAUAUAACGGGCAUGGAGAAAAUACUGUCCAUCCUUGCGCUAGUUGUAGCAAUUCCGCUAGAAGGGUUCCGUUUAUAUCUCGGCCACACCGGCAACCUAAUGAGUGCGAUACCGAACUUUGCCGGCUAUCUAGUGCUGUCGUUUCUCAUUCAAUUGCCUCUGCAGAUUUAUCUUUUACUAGCGAGCCAUACCGGGAAACAUCUGCUAGCUACGCUGGUGCAGUCUACUAUGACCGGAAUUUUAGUGUUGCAAAUUUUGGUUGGUGUGCCGGCGAUGCGGAAAUUAUCCGCUUUUCGGCGAAAACAAUUCCAGUUGCAACGUUGGCAAUACAUAGGAAAAAGUGCAGAAGGUCAACUUCCCGCUGCAAAGGUAACGAGUGAUGAGUGA